AUGGCGCCCGCACUGGCCCAUGGAAGAUCACGUGAGCCACCAGCUGUCUUGGCAGACCCGCUGGUUGCGACAGCGCAGCAGCUGUCGACGCCCUCAAUUUCCACUUCCCCCCUGCUCUGCUUCUUUCAAACCCUGGCAAGCUGUUUGAUCAAACGUGUGUUGCCUAUUAAUCUCCCCUCAGACCUGUUGUGUCAUCUUCAAGAACUAGGAAACUGGGGUCCGGCCUGGCGAACUCCGGCGAACCUAGCUUCCAUCAUCAUUUGA